AUGACGGAUUUGUUGAUCAUCGCUAUCAGUCAUAAUGUGACAUUCAUUGGAAAGGCCUGGUGGGUGUUGAUGCUGGCUCUGCGCUCGCUGCUGCUCCUGCUGGCCGGAUUCACCCUCUUCAGUGACGAGCAGCAGCGAUUUGUCUGUAACACCAUCCAGCCGGGCUGCUCCAACGUGUGCUUCGACGUCUUCGCCCCCGUCUCCGUCCUCCGCCUCUGGUUCUUCCAGCUCGUUUUCCUCAGUCUUCCACAUUUCGUGUUCGCCACCUACGUGGUGCAUAAAGUUUUGUCCCAUCCGUGUUUUGAAGGGAUCUGCGGUCGAGGAGGUUUGCCUUUCACCCUGGAGAACUGCAGCUCCUCCAGGGAAGUGUCCCUGCCUCGGGAUUGGGGACUGCCGCGCUUCUACUGCGCUUACUUCUUAGUUGUGAUUCUUCGGAUCCUUCUGGAGGCCAUUUUUACCGCUGGCCAGUUCUUCCUCAUCGGUUCCUCUGUUCCUAAGAGUUUCUUCUGCUACGAGGCUCCCUGCACAUCUGGAGUGGAAUGCUACGUCUCCAGACCCACGGAGAAGACCUUCAUGAUCAAUUUCAUGCUGGGCGUGGCCUGCCUCUCCAUCCUGCUGAGUCUGGUCGACCUGGUCGGCUGCUUGAAGGCGAUCGCGAGGUGUCGGCGCAAGAAGGAGCUGCUCAUGGAGGAGAUGAGCAAAGGAGAGCAGAGCAGCGUGUUCACGGCAGCGACCGACGACACCGACGUUCAGCUGACCAAGAGGAUGAGCCCGACAGGAAGCUCCAAGAUGAACGGCCUCAGAGAUGAGAAACCAAACGGUGAGAAGACGAACGGCGGAGCCACGCUCGGUGAGAGGAACCCAGAAAGCAACGAUGGCAAAGCGGACACGUUUCGAUCGCCCGCGGCGGCGAGCGCUCCGGCGCCAGCACACUUCGUCCCUCACAGCCACUCGAGAGCUCCUUUAUCGUGGCGUUAUGACGGGGGAACAUCACCGAACCCGAAGGCGACAACACUCUUAGGUGUUACAAAGCCGGACCAGGACGCUCCGGCCGGGACAAACGGCGGACAGACUGAUAGCAGCGAAUGUCAAGAUAAGAGAGCGUGGGUGUAA